UUUAUCUUUUAAUUUUAUUUUCUUUAGAAAAAUAACCUUUGUAUCAUUUAUUAAAUAUGGGACUUUUUGAUUUAUUUGGUGAACAACACGAACAAGUGAGUGCUACCCCUAGUGAGCAUGAAGGUUCCUUGAGUCAUGAACUUAUUGCAGGCGCCGCCUCUUAUGAAGCCAUUAAAGCCUAUAACAAACAUUGUGAGAAAGAAGGAAAGCCUGUUGAUCACGCCACUGCUAAGGCUCUUCUUGCUGGCUUUGCUGGUGGUAUGGUUGACAAAUUAAUUGAAACCAAGGGUCUCGAUUAUCUUGAUAAACAAAAGGCCAAAAGACAUGCUGAAGAACAAGUCAAAGACUACUACAAUAAUGAGCAUCAAUAAACGUGCGGCUCAAGAUACUUCUGAUUCUACUAAAAAGAGUGUUAUUUUUAAACAAUAUUCAUAUAAUAUGAUUUGGUGAAGGAUAAUAAACAAUGAUUUUUUUUUAAAAAAAAUAAUGAUGAAUACAAUGAUCAACUUAAUUUGUAUGAAAUGCACUGUAACAACUUACAUUUUUAGAAAUGAUAAUAAUAAAAAAAAAAAAUUAUUUACUUAAA